AGCCCCUGUGCCAAUAUUUCUGAGAACCCACUGCUCAGUCGGUUCUUUCACAGACCAUGCCCCGACCUACCAAUAGGCCUCCGUGAAUUACCCAUCUCCUGGAACAACGACAUCAUGACAUGGUGUAUGAUCCGCGCAUCGACCAUUUCAUUCUGGCGAUGAUCCCACUCAUGACCUGUCUUCUGCCAUGGCCCUACACAGGCAUGCAUCAUGACCUUGACGGCACUUGGCCCCCGGCAUUGUAGAACGAACGGUGAAUCCUGUAAAUAACCUGCAGGUUGACCGGUCAGCCUGUGGCGUGCAUAUGAAAUACUGACCACUGGUUAUAAUAACAGCUGGUAGUGAAAACCACUCUUUCGCUCCUAUGUCCUUUCUUUACCGUGCCACAUCACCUCUCAGGUCUUCAAUCGUCACAUUUACAACGAAGAGCCCACUAAAGCAAGCUUGCCCGACACUGUGGGUUCCCUUGCGUCUCUACUCAAACACACCCUCACGAUCAUCGUCGAAAAUGGAUACCAUCAAGACAACACUUGCCGAAAACCUGGGAGGCAUUUCACAUAAAUUGGCCGAUAAAGAAGAUCAGUUCGACAUCAACAAAGAUGUCCCCAACUUGUCAGGUAAGGUGGCCUUAAUCACGGGCGGAAGUGAAGGCAUAGGUUAUGCCACGGCAUAUACGCUCCUCAAAGCGAAUCUGGCCAAAGUAUUCCUCGUGUCGAUGAAGGAGGACGUCAAAGACGAUGCGGUCGAAGAGAUCCGCCAGAAUCUGGGAUCCGAGUAUGCCAACAGAGUUACCUGGCUGCAAUGCGACCUGUCCGAUCUCCCCGCCGUCGCCAACGUCGCAAAGCAAGUCCGUGACCAGACCGAUCGGCUUGAUAUCCUGUGCCUCAACGCCGCUCGGGGAAUCAUGUCGUUUCAAUUGACCGACUAUGGGCUGGAUCGACACAUGGCCAUCAACCACUUUGGACACGUCACGCUGGCCUCGCACUUGCUGCCACUGUUAAAGAAGACUAGCGAGAGCCAAACUGUGCGGGUGCAGGUACAAUCAUCUCGAUCCCAUGCAGAUGCUCCGAAGGACGUCAAGUUUGAAUCGCUCGACGAGCUCAAUACCGACUUGGGGGCCAAUGCUCAGUAUGCAAGAUCAAAGCUGGCGGUACUGCUAUAUGCUCGGUACCUAGAUGCACACUUGCACAAGGAGCACCCAAAUAUUCUGAUCAACGCCACGCACCCCGGCUUCGUCGAGACGAAGCAGUCGAUGCAGGACAUCAAGGAGCCGUUUCCUAAUGCCGGGCAGAUCAUGCCGCUGGCCGUCAGGCACAUUGUGAAGGACAUCUGGAUGGGUUGUACGAGUACAGUGUAUGCCGCAACCACCACCACCAAGUCUGGCGAGUAUGUCUGUCCGCCGGCUAUUGCAGAGCCGGGGACUGAGCAGUCGCAGAACGCCAAGCUGGGCGAGCAGCUGAUGAAGCUGACUCGAGAGAUUGUCAAGGAAAAGUUUGGCUCCCAGAGUGUGGAUAAGGGAUGUCCACUAAAGGACUAUUAGGAAAUCAGGCUGCCAGUUAUCUAGGCAUGGCGUGAAAGGAGUUGUGAUGACAAGAAUUUGGGAUACUCGUAGCUGUGUCAUAUUGAAUUCUCCCAGAAUUAUACUUUUUUUAUUAUUAUGCCCGGCCAUUCAAUAUGUUCAACGCAGUGCGCCAAAGUUCAA